AUGAGCAGGUCGGCGGCGCUCCUGCUCUGCCUGCUGGGCUGCCACGUCUGGAAGGCGGUGACCAAGACGCUGCGGGAGCCGGGAGCCGGAGCCCAAGAGGUUACACUGAAGGUCCACAUCAGUGACGCCAGCACCCAUCAGCCUGUCCCGGAUGCGCUCAUUGAGAUUUUCACCAACCAGGUCUCCCUUGCCUCUGGCACCUCCGGGACAGAUGGCGUCGCCUUCAUCAGGUUCCAGUAUAAGCUGGGCAGUCAGCUGAUCGUCACUGCCUCGAAGCACGCCUAUGUGCCAAACUCUGCCCCGUGGAAGCCAAUCCGGUUACCCGUGUUCUCUUCCCUGAGCCUUGGCCUGCUUCCGGAACGGUCUGCCACGCUAAUGGUUUAUGAAGAUGUUGUCCAAAUAGUCUCAGGAUUCCAAGGUGCCCGGCCACAGCCCCGCAUUCACUUCCAGAGGCGAGCUCUGCGGUUGCCAGAGAACACCAGCUACAGUGACCUGACGGCCUUCCUCACUGCCGCCGGCUCCCCUUCCGAGGUGGACAGCUUUCCAUACUUGAGAGGAUUAGAUGGAAACGGAACAGGAAACGGCACCAGGUACGACCUGAGCCCAGUCACGGCUGUCAGCGUGCACUUGCUCAGCAGUGAUGGAACACCGGUGCUGGUGGAUGGUCCCAUUUAUGUCACCGUGCCCCUGGCCACACAGAGCAGUCUGAGGCACAAUGCCUAUGUCGCAGCGUGGCGGUUUGACCAGAAGCUGGGAACGUGGCUGAAGAGCGGCCUAGGCCUCGUGCACCAGGAAGGCAGCCAGCUGACGUGGACAUACAUUGCCCCUCAGUUGGGGUACUGGGUGGCAGCCAUGUCUCCUCCCAACCCAGGUCCCGUUGUCACACAGGACAUUACCACGUAUCACACGGUGUUUCUUUUGGCCAUUUUAGGAGGAAUGGCUUUCAUACUUUUGGUUUUGCUGUGUCUCCUUUUAUAUUAUUGCAGGCGGAAGUGCUUGAAGCCUCGUCAACACCUUAGAAAACUGCAGCUUCCCGCGGCUCUGGAGAGUUCCAAACGAGAUCAGUCCACCUCCAUGUCUCACAUCAACUUGCUGUUCUCCCGUCGGGAGUCGGAGUUCCCAGGCCCACUCUCGGUCACCAGCCACCGCCGCCCAGACGCCCCAGGCACAAAGGAGCUGAUGAGUGGGGUCCAUUUAGAAAUGAUGUCUUCCAACGGAGAGGUGGACAUGCACACCCCGAUGCUAAAGCUUUCCUAUAGCACCUCCCAGGAGUUCAGCUCUCGGGAGGAACUCCUGUCUCAUAAGGAAGAGGAUAAAAGCCAAAUCUCCUUUGAUAACCUAACACCGAGUGGGACGUUGGGAAAAGACUACCAUAAAUCCGUGGAGAUUUUUCCCUUGAAGUCCAGAAAAUCUAUGGAAAGAGAAGGCUAUGAGUCCCCUGGCCACGGUGACUACAGGAGGAGUUACAAUGCCAUGCUGUCACAGCCUUUAUUUGAGAAGCAAGACAGAGACAGUCAGGCCUCUGUUAACCAUAUUUCCACAGGAAGUAAACUCACCAUUCAGGAACACAUGUACCCCGCACCUUCUUCUCUCGAGAAAGAACAGCUGCUUGACCGCAGACCUACUGAAUGUAUGAUGUCGCGAUCCGUGGACCACCUGGAAAGACCUACAUCUUUUUCUCGGCCCGGCCAGUUGAUCUGCUGCAGCUCCGUUGACCAGGUCAAUGACAGCGUUUACAGAAAAGUGUUACCUGCCUUGGUCAUCCCUGCUCACUAUAUGAAACUCCCCGGGGACCACUCGUAUGUGGGCCAGCCCUUGGUCGUUCCAGCGGACCAGCAGCUUGAAAUCGAGAGACUGCAGGCUGAGCUCUCCAGCCCCCAUGCAGGGAUCUUUCCGCACUCCUCCUCCCAGAUCCAAGCCCAGCCCUUGCCGUGCCAGGCAAUCUCUCAGCAGCACUUGCAGGAUGCAGGCAGCCGGGAUUGGAGCCCGCAGAACGCAUCCAUGUCGGAGUCUCUCUCCAUCCCAGCAUCCCUGAAUGAUGCAGCCUUGGCCCAGAUGAACAGCGAGGUCCAGCUCCUGACCGAAAAGGCUCUGAUGGAACUUGGCGGUGGGAAGCCGCUCCCACAUCCCCGGGCCUGGUUCGUCUCCCUGGACGGUAGGUCCAACGCACACGUUAGACAUUCUUACAUCGAUCUCCAAAGAGCUGGAAGGAAUGGAAGUAAUGAUGCCAGUUUGGACUCGGGAGUGGAUAUGAAUGAACCAAAAUCUGCCCGGAAGGGAAGAGGAGACCCUUUGUCUCUCCCUCAGAACCACCCCCCUGUCCAGGAGCAUCCUCAGAAGGAGCCCCGGGCGGCCGACAGUACCGCCUACACACAGCUCGUGUACCUGGACGACCUGGACCAAAGCGGCAGUGAGUGUGGCACCACAGUCUGCACCCCUGACGACAGUGCCCUGCGAUGCUUGCUGGACAGCUCCAGCCGGAGAAGUGGUGGCCAGCUGCCCAGCCUGCAGGAGGAGAUGACCAAACGAACUGCAGAGGGCCCCCCGGAGCCCUUAGCCAGCCCAGAUCAACGAAGGUCUGCUCACGAGGAUGACGAAGAUGAUGACGACGAUGACCAAGGAGAGGACAAGAAGAGCCCCUGGCAGAAGCGGGAAGAGAGACCCCUGAUGGCAUUUAACAUUAAAUGAGCGACUGCAGAGUCACCCAACCUAACAAAGUUGCCAAAAAUUCUUACUUAUGGAAGCGUUUACAUGUUUAUGGAGGAGGCUGAACAAACGUGGCCCGUGUACGUUUCCAUUAUGGAUUGUAUAAAUGUUAGAAAGGAAUUACAGUGAUGCCUCAGAAUAAAGGACGAUGGGAAUGGAUGCCUCACCACCAGGGAGGUGGUGUCUGAAUAUCCUUCCACAUGCUUGACGUGUCCACCCCAAGGACACUAAAAAACCACAACUGAUGUUGCUGGGUUCUGAGGAUCACCUCAGUUCUCCCUCAGAUUCCGGGAACAGAUGAAACUCUUUUUUGCAUUGCUUGAGUCAGUUUUAUCACGAUAAUGCUCCUAUGAAGUUAUGAUUGAAAAAUUAGCUUGGCACUUAGUGUCUCGAGGUAUUUGUGACCUCAAAGGAAAGCUAUGCAUCGCUGCGCCAUGCUCUUACUUUGCUUAGGUUUUUGCUUUGCGUAGGUUGUUUCAGGUUCGCUUUUUUUAUAAACCCAGUUUGGUUGUCAAGAUUUUAUUCCUUCAUCUUCAUCUGUUCUGCUUCUUGGUGGUUUAUUUCCAUGUUUUCGUUCAGGAACUCCUGAGUGUCAUCUCUUAACAUUCAAGCCUUUUAAUGAAAUCGUACUGAAAUUUUUUAUCAACUGAAAAUCCUUCAAUUCCGGUCCCAUUAACUCCAAGUGCCUUUUUUACAGUGAUAACAGACAGUCCCUCACUUAUCCUCUUUGUUUUUCUUAACUCCUGUAAUGGAACUGCCUGGAUUUUAUAAAGUUAUUAAACGAUACCCCUUUUCUUUGAACUGCAUGCUGCCAAGUGCCCGUUUGUGCGCAGAAUUCUGGUUUCAGCGCAGUGUACUCUCUAGUUUUCCUGUGUGGCGUGGAUUCUGUUUAGCUAAGAUAGACUAGAGGACACCUUAGAGACCCCCCCCAUCCCUUUGGCCACUAGCCACCAUUAUGGUUUUAUUGGCUGUUUGUAUAUGCGGUUACGUAUUAGCGCUGGAAUUCUGUGGGCUGAUCUUGCUCUCCCAACAUGAAGUGUGGACUGAGCAAGUGGACUGAAUGUGACUAUUAAAAAAAAUCUUAUGUACUAUCCAAAAGUGCCAGAAUGACUCUUCUGUGCAUUCUCCUUAAAG